AUGUGCUCAUCACUUGAGCAAAACGUUUUGGUCUUCUGGAGUGGAAUUCACCACAUCACAUCUCACAACCCACAUUUGGUGACAAACGCCUAACUGAAUGCACAAGAAGACAGACAAACUCAGCAACAACAUGCAUCGUGAAACAAUACUUUUUCUACUGGUUGUGAUCAUAAUGGGAAACAGCCUCAUGACUGCUGCAUUGGAUCCUAAGCCCACUGAACAGGCCAACCUACCACAGAGGCCUGUCCUUCAGCCCAAAGAGACUGUUCCUGUCACCGGAAACUAUGUGCUGAAAGACCCUACAGGCACGUCGUGCAUCAAACUCUCCAUGGGAGUUGAGUACGUAGUUAUUGAGAAGAAGAAACCUUCCUAUUUCAACUUAGACCCUACCACCACCAAGACUACUGGUAGAUGUGCUGAAAAAGAGUCAGUUCUCUCCCUGGCUUUUCUAGGAAAGGGAGGCGAUCUGAAUCUCACCUUUGAAAAGGAAGGGAACCUGACCUAUGUGUCAAAGAUCACAGGUAAUUUGGCACCAGGCAAAGGAAUUAAGAACUAUUUUGGGGUAAUAGAACAUGAGAAGCUGUUCCCAACUGCCGCUGGCCGCAGCCUCAAGUGCUACUCUCAGACCGAGUUUCAUCUGUCUGAAAACCUUCGAGUGAAGAUUGUGUCUCUUCAGUUCCAAGCUUUCAAACUCACCAAUGGGAAUUUUGGAGAGGAGGUUGAGUGCAGGGCUGAUUUCAUCAAGAAGAUCAUUCCCAUUAUUUUUGGUGCCACGGUUGUGGGGCUCUUGCUGAUUUCUGUCCUGUCCUUCCUGAUAAUCCGGGACCACCACAGACAAGCUGGCUAUGACAGGAUCUGAGAAUGCUUCAUGCAAAAAACAUGAACACUUUUUAUAGCCAUGUUUUGUAUUUCCUAAAUGUUUUUUUUUUAUCCAUUGCUCAAUUAUACACUAUUGUUGUUUUUAAAUAAUAAAUAUUUCUGCAAAGAAAAUAUAAAUAACAUUAUUACAGUAAAAAAUAUGUGAAUGUGGUUAGCACUUAUAGGAAAGCUCUGUGUACAUUUCCAGUCACAAUCAGCAAAUAUGGUCUGAAUAAUGUGGCUUUAUUUUAGCAAUUAGAAUUUUGAUGAUUGGAGAUUAUAUUCUGGUUUAAAGAGUGCAUACAUUCCCGUGUGGCUUUAUCCAGCUGGAUUGAAAUACAUUAUCAUCAAAUGCAUGUAUAAGCCUUUUUAUAAAAACACACUGCCCAAAAAACAUAUCGUUCUGUAAGACAUUGUUAAUUCGGUCUUGAACCUCUCUGUGACCUCUCCUGAGGGUUAGCGCUAUUCGUGAUCCUUAGUAUUUCCCGACCUUAAACACUAACCAUAACCAUAACCAUUUUACAUUUCAACUUCAAUAGUGUAGGGACACUCAAGGAUCCCGCAAAGCACGGCCAGUCCAGAGACCCGGUUGACACUAGAUAAAACACGCCACAAACCUCGUCUAUUUCUACACUUUAUCUUCUUGAUUUUUAACCUAACCCUAACCACACUGCUAACAUUAUGCCUAACCCUUACCUUAAAUUAA